UACGUGGAGCUGCUGGUGGCUGGCGGAGGGGGCGCCCCAUUGUGACGGAUCGGGCGAAGAAGGGGACUAGGGGGCAGCGGGGGAGCGCUCCUCCCGCCAGGACGGCACCAUGAGCUCCCUGGGCGGGGAGACUCCGUCGUCCGACGCCUCCUCUCCCUCCCCGCAGGAUGAUGGCAUGAUGUGGUGGUACCGUUGGCUGUGCCGGUUGGCCGGGGUCAUGGGGGGCAUCUCUUGUGCAAUUUCUGGGCUCUUCAACUGUAUCACCAUUCAUCCCCUCAACAUUGCAGCCGGUGUAUGGAUGAUGUUAAAUGCCUUCAUCUUAUUUUUAUGUGAGGCACCUUUCUGUUGCCAGUUCAUUGAAUUUGCAAACACAGUUGCUGAAAAGGCUGAUCGGCUGAGGUCUUGGCAGAAGGCUAUCUUCUACUGUGGGAUGGCAGUUUUCCCUAUUGUCAUCAGCCUGACUUUGACCACCCUUUUGGGAAAUGCUAUUGCCUUCGCCACAGGCGUACUUUAUGGACUUUCUGCACUUGGCAAAAAGGGUGAUGCAAUUUCCUACGCAAGGAUCCAGCAGCAGAAGCAACAGGCAGACGAGGAGAAACUGACGGGGACCCUUGAAGGGGAGUUGUGAGCAUCUGGCCCAGGAUUGGCACCUUCUCUCUGUGGCCUUAAGAACUUUCCUCUAGUUCCAGUUUCCUGGCCCUCACACCUUCCAUUUCUUUGGAAAGAUAGACACUUGGUCAGAGUGGAGUGGAGAGGACGAGGACUAUGCUUCAGCACAUAGCAACUUUGAGAUAAGCAUUUAUGUAGGAAUUCUUUCAUAGUGCCUAGCAUAUAGUGAAUGCUUGGGAAACACUAACUCAGGUGUUCCUGCCUCUCCAUGUUUCUCACCCUCUUCCUUGAAGACUCACUUGCAUCCUCUACUGGACUUGCAUCUUUUACCCUGUGUCUGCCCGUUGACUCUGGGUCAGCUAGGGAUGAAAUUUCAAAGCCUGUGGCAGGCAAGCACUACAGAAAACUAGAGCAGAAAUCAUGAACACGUCUGGAAGACAAGAGUCCUAUAGAAGAAGUUUGACUGCUCAGCUUCUUGGGGCCGUGAGUUCUUCAGUUGGAAAUGGAGCAGAGCAGGCAGCCUCUUUCACAUUUGCUGCCCCUAUUGACUGGUUUUUGACUGGCUGCCAGAUUACUUUUCAUAUUUAAUAUAUUUUGAAAUUUAUCUUAAUGACCCAGUAGGGAUGUGGGAGUAAAUGAUGCUUCUCCAUUUCCACUACCAGCCUGAAACAAGCUUUCAUCUCUGUUCUUCAGAGGUAGGAGAUACUUUAGAUUCUGGCCUUUGCUGUACAGGGUAGGGCAAAAUGUCCCUACAGCAUCUAUUGCUGUCAAAUUGGCAUUCAAGGCCAUUUAUGAAUGGCCUUCAGUUGAUGGCAGGGGGUGCAUUUCAGGGGGCCAGAGACUGAUAUUGAAUCUGUCUUCAUUAAGAGUCAGAUCCAGGAGGUCAGGACCAGAGCUGUUUGUGGGCAUGUGGCAUCCACUUGAUCUUGGGCCUAGCUUUGCCUUCUAUUUCUUCCUCUUUGCCUCUUGCUCCUCCAUUUCCCCCAUUCACAGCAUCAAGUUAUGGAAUUUGGAAAGCUCUGGAUCCUUUUAAGCUAUUUGUAAAGGAUCCUCCAGAUUCUCUGAUCACCCCUUUAUAUCUCACUUGGGAUGCAAAAAGCUUUGGAGUGAAAAGAUAUCCUUGAAUUUAUUAACAUGUGGGAUGUCUCUUCAGUCCCAGUAGUCCUUUGACCUAUCCUGGUAGUGCUGGGGUCAGGUGGAGCUCAGGGCUAGGUUAGGCCAGUCCCCACAGACUUCACCAUGCUUCAGGCCCAGAAAGGUUGUCAGCUGGUUCCUGCAAGAGGGAGAGUAACGCAGCAGGAAUGAUGAAGGAAGAGCAGCCCCAGUGAUGUUCCCUGUACUUCCCUCUGAAUUUCCAUGGGAUUUUAUGCAAAUCACUUUACAUGUUAUCCUCCACUUCGUGAUCCCUCCAUUGGCCUUUUAGUACUGGGGGGAUCCAGGUCUGCUCUCAACAGGAGGUGCUUGGUGCUAAGAUGUACAGAGUAACAUCAUUCCUGAACCGUCAGAGCAGGGGCUCUGAUGCAGGUCUCCCUCAGUGACCCAAGUCCCACAUAUAUGGGUAGUAGCUCAGGUCAAUUUAGAACUAACCAAAAUAGAACUUUUCUUCAUGGACUGUUGGACUGUAGUUUUGGAUUCAUUAUCUCUCAAGAUGGAUAUAUCUUUCAGACUCUUGAGGAUACGGGCAGAAAUCUCAUCAGCCUACUCCACGUCCCAAAGUCCCCACCUCUACCCUCCUUUCUCAAAUGUCUGCACUUGCUAUUCUUUUCCAUAUUGACAUAUAUUCCCCCCACUCUACUUUUUUCUUCUUCCAAGUCCAAAAGCUCAGUGAAUCAUCUUGUAGGAGCUGCAGUAGAGACACAGGUGUCCCGUAGUGAAUCCGGGGUGAGAUAGCUCAUUGAUUGGUGUAUUAAAGGCAGAGGUGCUGGUUUUGGCCUGAAGCCUCUCUACAUUGUGGCAUUAACAUCUGUCUCAGAUUGGGAUCUGGGCAUGGAGAGGAAGCACACAUUAGAAACGUUUCUUUUUCUACCACAAGCUGUUUGCUUCCUGCACUUCUCACUAAUCUCAUUUGCCACCCUUCCUUUUUAGACUUCAAAUGACACAUCACCCACAAUAAUCAUUCAGUCUCUUAUGCAAUUGUCUGAGCUCAGCUGGUGUUAAGUUUUAUUUGAUCCUAUUCUAUGUUGGGACAAGACUGACCUCUUUUGGCAUUCCUUUGCUUACUAGCCCUAAAGAAGACUUCAGGGGUUGAUGGUGAAUGAGGGGAAUGCUUGAAGACAGCCCAGUUAAAACAUGAAAUAGAUUGUGCACUUAGUUGUGUCAGAUUGGUUUGGGGAUCUAGGAGUAUGGGUUCUUUAUUGGGUCUUCUGAUAAAAUUUCAGAAGAUUUUACCUUGUGAGAAGGUGUUUCACAUCUUCUUUUCUUGCUGCAAUUUUAAUUAACUGAUUCAUGGAGAUCUGGGAUUUAGGUACAGAGAACAGACUUUCUUUGCCAUCUUUUGUCCCUCAAGGGCUUUUGGACUUAGCUUGUGAUAACACAAACUGUUUGGGAGCUGGACUUCCAAACUGAGCCAUUGUAUGUUUCUGGGAGAAUUUGUAGCCCAGACUUUCUCAUUAGCCGGGUCACUACUCUUUUGAAUUCACCCUACCUGUGAGUUUUUGACCGGAUGGAAUUUUGGGGGUUUGUUGCUGAUAUUACUGUUUUGUAUUUUUUAAGACAAUGAUCUAACUGUGAUCUCCUUAUCUAUUUAUGUCCUGUGGCCUAAUUGGCUCUUUGCUAUCACUCUUCAGUGCCCUUAACUGACAUCCAGACCACUUAUGGCAGAACUCAGCAUUUAUUAGUCCCUAGGGGAUGCAAAGAUUAAAAAAUUCAGAACUAGUGUAGGCCCUUAUAGUGGGCCAGGCCUUAUCCUUUUCUGAGUGCAAAGGGAUUGAUUGAUCCUUUUGUAAUAUUUUAUAUAGGUUGUCAGAGGCCCAACUAUUGUACAAGUGAAAACACUAUAUACUGGGUGCAUCUCAAGCAAGAGUCAUCAUAAUGUCUUAGAUAUGACACUAGCCAUAAUUUUCCAGAAGCCAUGUUACCAGGAAGAGUUGAGCAAUGGUUGGAUAUUAAACAUUCAUCAUCAGGAGCUAUGGGUAUCCUGGACAGUGUCACUAAAAAUGGAAAUCUAGAUAAAUGAAGCAUUAAAUUUUUUUUUAGAAAAUGAUAAAUCUCCCCAUCACAGUCACAGUAUGGUUGACUUUGUGGAAACAGAUAAGCAUAUUAAUUUGGAGCCAUCACUGUCCAGAGAGGCAGACCAAACUUGAUCUCAACAAGGUAAGGAAGGAUAAAUGGAAUUUGGCUCUCUGGAGAAAAACAUAUAUGUCUUCAAGGAGGUACCCUGUUCUGUAGAGAUAAUCGCUUUUUAGUUUGUGGAUCACUACAGAGACUCUCAGCCAUAAGUGGCCCAAACAGGAUCCUGAGGAGUAUUGUAUUGAAAACAUUAAAGGAGACAGCAAAUACUCUCCUCUACUUGCAGGAUUAUCCCAUCUUUUUAUGUAUGCAGUGAAUAAAAGAACAUUCUACCUCCUUAUAGAGUGAAGUGGAGAUUUCUGUUUACUUUAAAAAACUGUUUUUGAAGCAAAAGAAAAAUUAAGCAGCAGGGUACCCCACUAUGGAGGGGUUGCAGUACACAGAGGAAUCUGGUAGAACAUCUGAAUGAUGCCUCUGUCAGACCCACAUUUAUUUGCCUUUUUGUCCCAUUUGAUAAUUUGUCUUUCCUACCUACCUAUAUAUUUACUACUCUUAUCUCAGACAAAUUCUCAGGGAAUUUAGGUGAAGUUUAGAUUGAGUAUUAGUGACAUCUCAUUCCCGUGUUCUUUCAGGUGUCUUAGUAGAUACCAAAUCUCUGAGAAACAGCUUUCAUAAAGUGGGCAGACACCAUCCUUAGCGGGAUUGUUGAGAGUGUCCAACCAAAAUCAAGGAAGGAAAGCUGUUUUUCAGAGUGGGAUUUUAGUGCAUUGGUGCUUUGAAUCAGAGUGGUAGGAUUGGAAGCAAUCUUUGAAGUUGCCUAGAGGAAUUCUCUUUUUACACAUGAGAUUGAGAUCCAAAGAGGAGCAAUGUCACAUAGAGGUUAUGACAAGAAAGAACCAAGGUUUCCUGACUUGAAAGGCCAGUCAGUGUUCAUUGUACCAUGUAGUAUCCAGAAUAAGGGGCAAAGGGAAUCUAGGAAGACCUAUGUAUCCUGAGCCACAGGUGGGGUUUGCUCUAGACUUGAAUAUUUAUUUCUUUUUCCAGAAUAUUCACUUUUAAUCUAGAUUUUCGUUGUUUAGGUUUCCAGUGUAAUUUUCAAUUUGAACAAUAAAAUGUGGCAUUUGUCAGUA